AUUGUGCUCUCACACAUCAUGCUCGACUACCAGCCCUACUAGGCACGGCGCGCCGCUGCCCUCUCCUAGUCUUGGAGCGCGGCCGCCUGCGAGUCGCAGUGUGGGGCUGCUAGCCCUACCAGGCGUGGCGUGUGGCCGCCUGCGAGUCGCGGCGUGCGGCUGCCGGCCCGCCGCCUCCGACGAACUCCACACGUGUGAUGAGCCUCUGUUUUAGAUGUUUUAGAGGUAUGUUUCCUAUGAGCAUCUUCGAAUGGCUGACCCAACAGAUCUCGAGAUUGAAAGAAGCCACCACAGACGUCUCGUUGUCGACGAGGACGUCGCCUACCACUGAAAGCAUAGCGCCGUUAAAUCCUGAAAUAAAUCCAAAAAAACGCGAGCACCUGCGCCAAGUCGAGGACUUGAACCCAGGUGGGCAGGCUCCACCACAAAGAAUCGAAUCGCGUUUUAGAGCUAAUCAAUCGCCAGGCCUUUUGGGAGCUGUGUUGAGGGGCCCGGGGCAAGAGCCAAGUUACUGCAGAGGCAAACAUUUUGGUUGUCGAGUGAUGGCACAAGGCGGCAACUUCCCUGGCUUCAUUGGCGCUGUGGGUGGCAAUGACGACGGUGCGAACCUCGGUGACAUGGCCUUCUACCAGAAGCUAGGGGAGGGCUCAAACAUGUCUGUUGAUAGCCACAACAGCAUGCAGACCAGCAUGCAUGGGGGAUCCAUCCACAGCAGCGUUGGCUCUAACAGUGAUUCCCGCACUGGCAUGCUUGGCCAUCCUAGUCUCAAGGGGCCUGUCAUUGUGGACACCUACUCGGUUGGGCACAGCGUCUUCCGCCCUGGCCGGGUGUCCCAUGCCUUGAGUGACGAUGCGCUGGCACAUGCUCUGAUGGACAACAAGUUCCCAACUGAGACACUCAAGGAUUAUGAGGAGUGGACUAUUGAUCUGGGGAACCUGCAUAUGGGCAUGGCCUUUGCACAAGGUGCCUAUGGGAAGCUCUACAGGGGAACAUACAAUGGGAUGGAUGUUGCUAUUAAGCUUUUGGAGCGACCUGAGGCUGACCCUGAGCAAGCUCAACUGUUGGAGCAGCAGUUUGUCCAAGAAGUUACAAUGCUUGCAACACUGAGGCACCCAAAUAUUGUCAAAUUCAUUGGUGCAUGCAGGAAGCCAUUGGUUUGGUGUAUUGUCACAGAGUAUGCAAAGGGUGGAUCUCUUAAGAACUUCCUGAGCAAGCGGCAAAACAGGUCUGUUCCGCUGAAGUUGGCAGUCAAGCAGGCAUUGGAUGUUGCACGUGGCAUGGCCUAUGUUCAUGGCCUUGGCUUCGUUCACAGAGACCUUAAGUCAGACAACCUCCUAAUUUCUGGUGAUAAGUCCAUUAAGGUUGCUGACUUUGGAGUGGCUAGGAUUGAAGUCAAGACUGAGGGGAUGACACCUGAAACUGGAACAUAUCACUGGAUGGCUCCUUGCUCUAGGCUUAAUUGGUGGCCGAGGCAAAGGAGAAGGGGUAGUGGAGUUAAGGGUUAGCAAUGCAACACCAAGAAGACAUGGGGCAAUAUGGGACGAAGGAAGAUUUGGUUCCACGAAUUGGGCCCAACCUUGCAGAACUGAAGUGGGCAGAGUCAAGAAGAGGUGGAGCAAUAUCGUACAAAGGAAGCUUUGGUCGUGGUUCCAUGAAUUGGGCCCCCCAACAAUGAACAUGGUCCUUGCCAUGGUGACGGCGACGAUGGCUGGAAAGGAGAAGCCGAAUGAAAGAUGAGCAUAUUGCUUGCACGGUGGAUAGCUAGAUGUGUAAAUCAUUGGCAACUUCCAUUUCUUUUGCAAUCAAACAUGAUCCAAAGUUUUCAUGCGAUUGCUAUUCUGUAAACGCAAUAAUUGGUAUCAGGGAGCCUUAUGGUGCAUUUAGCACCAGAUGGGUGGGGGCAUGUAUCUAAUCACGAUUAAAGACGUGGAUGCAUCAGACCUUGUUCCCUGUAACACUAAGGGCAGAUACGUCAGCUCGUGCCGUUGUACCUACUUGCGUUUGCAUUGUCAUCGCCCUAUCUGCUCGUGGCCAAAACCCUGUGCCCUUCUGUAUUGACAAGGGUUGCCAUUGGCGAAGCAUGCUACACGAAAGCUUUUGCGAGUGAGGAAAACGAUUUCCCACCAUUUUUGCGCUUGCACUCGAUCUUGCUCCGAUGACAGUCGCUCGCACAACAUUGGUGGAAAUCGUUGCCUACUCUGGGAGCACGAGCUAGGCUCGUCGCCUCGUGAGACGACGACAAGCGUUCUCUCCUCACGUAGUGAGGCAAUUGUGGUUAAUUUAACCUAAAUAGAGAGCAAAACCACAACGUCGUGUAUGCCCUAAUAGUCACUCCCACUACCACAAAGUAAACACAAUAAUCUCUCUACAAUGACUUGAGCGUCAAAGCUUUUCUCUCGCCCAAUCUUGGAGUCACCUAUGUAGACAUUGGGCCGAGAUUGUUGCUAGUGGCGAUGCUUCACUACCAUCUCCAAGUAAUCUUUCUUCAAAAGCAAAGAGAUGUGCUCUCCAUAUUUCUACUCAUCAAUAAAUCAUGACUAGUCCAUUGUCUAAUCAUGCUUGGACAUUUGGAUGACUAGUCGAUGCCAGGUGAUGUGGCUUGACUUUCCAACUUGGAAACAAACCAAGGUGCUUUGCCACACUCUUGAAUGAGCAAAAAGUCAUUAUGCAAUAUUGAUUAUUCCAUUCUUUCUUUGCAAGACUUACUCCAAAAGGGGAAUCCUUAGUCAUGUUUGGGACCACGACGUGGCCACUGCAUGGUGCAAUAUGGCGACCAUGGCCUCCACCCCACGACAUAGAAAAGCGAGGGCUAGUUCAAUCUUACGGUUGUUAUGUCUUUGGCGCUGCAAAGAAUCAUCGAUUCUUGCGAUGUGUAUGGUAGGAUUUUCUUAGUUCUCGUGGUGGGAUGGCCGCAUCCGAUUUUAAACGGUCCCAAACACGCCCCUUAGCUAAUCCUUGAUGAGUAGCAAUAAUAUUUGUUACAGGAAGAGAGCCAACUUGGCUCCCUAUGGUAGGAAAGCUCACUAGCAACAAAGGAGUGGACUACAAUCAACAAGCCACAUUUGUAACUUGCUACUCUACUAAAUCACAUGUUAGCUAGAGGUGCGACCUGAUGCACAACAUGAUACUGUCGUUCAUGCAAUGCAACCAAGUUAUCUAAAUGUCUUCAGUCGUACCAAAUUAGUUGAAAGCCAACCUUUGAGCAAUGUUUCAUAUCUUGUAUCUACUUUGUCAAUAGGAACACUAUUCCCUCCAAUUUUGAACUGAUAUUCAAACGAGAUUCCUAAGCUCCACUUGGCUACUUAAGUAGUGUUUGGUUAGGAUAUUUGUAACGUAAACGAGUAACGCCGUUAACCGAUUCCAUUAAACCUUAUUUGUUUCGGUGCCAGCCGUAUUCGCGCCGAAUCAGAUGCCACCAUCCGUUGCCCCUCCCACCCCGGCGUCAUCAGAUUGCGAUUGCAAGCUACUUUUCCUUUCUUCUCUCGACUGCAUCGGUGCCUUGGAUCCCACAUCUUCUUCGUUUACCCCCCACCCCCCUCGGCACAUGCUAAAGCUUCCGUGGUGGCCUCGUCGUCUUGAUUGCUGUUUCACUAACCAUUGGCUAGCCUGAGUGGCAUAUUCAUCGAUGGUCGGUGACCCAUGCCCUUGGUUAGGGUAGCUCUGCUUCCAAAGACCAAGGUAGUGAGGUCAUGUCGCGCUAUCCGUCCCAGUUCAUGUUCAAAAGGCCUAUGCAUCAUCUCGUUAGCAUCUGAUGAUCUUGGCAAAGAUGGAUUACUGGUAACAAAUACACUACAUGUUUAAACCAAACAAGUCUUGUAUUGACUCGUACUCUUCACAUUCCCUCUUCGAUAUGAUAUCGUUACCGUUCGCGUUUGCAGAGAUGGAAUCCAAACCAAUUGUACCUCCCAUGGCAAUUAAAUGGCACCCUUGGUAGAUGAGCAUUUGUUGUCAAUUCAUCAUUUAGUCCCUUGGCUAGCUAGAUACAUCACCUAUGCCCAUUGUGCUUAUCAUUCUAAAAAUGUUUGAGUUUGUUGUGGCCCCUAUUUCUUAAUAUCUAGGCACUCACUCAAGCAAUUUAGGGUUAAGCAGCUCAACUAAUGAUUGUGUUUUUCUAAGAUGGCCUAUUGGGAUACAUUGUUCUUGUCACUAAGAAUUAUCCUCAAGCUUGUUUUCCUCUACCUUUUCUGUGAUAUCAACGGCGAAAAAAACAUUCCUAGCUUACUGGACAAACAUACCGUGUCCCCUAUCCUAAAUUGGCAAGUUUGGUCUUGACUAGCCAGGUAAAAGUUGCAUAGGAUCCAAAUGUCCAUGUUGAAGAUGGGAGGUAGGUGAGACCUGAGAGUGGUUGCUUUUUGCUUAUUCCUUUGUCCUGAUGUAACUGCAAAGCCCACAAACAACCUGGGUAACAUGGCCUAAAUCUGACCCUUGUCUCUUCCAUGUGUUAGUGGAAAGCCUACUGCCCAUGUGUUUUGCUCUUGGAGAUAUGCAAAUGAUGAUCAGUUGCCAAAAAUUGUUAUAGAAGUUUCAGUAUGGAUUGAAUAGUAUGACAUCAUUUCAACCAAAUAAGUAAUAUAGCAUUACUGGAUGGUGUGAAAUGACCGCGCACACUAUAUUAAGUAUAUUUUGAGUAGGAGCACAAGAUUCUGACAUGUUCAAAUGUUCUCAUUUGCCAGUUGGUUUGUAGUAUAUCUGCAUGCAUGCAUAAUGUAAAUGUUACCCACUAAAGUUUCGCAUAUAGGGUCCCUAGUUGUAUGUUUAAAUUCAUUUGGUGGCUGAUUUUGGUGAUGCUGAUGCUCUUGAGUCAAUAAUGCUAAUAAUGCUACUGCUUAAAAUUAUCAAGUUCUGUUUGG